GCAGAGACAAAUAUAAGGAGGAAGCUGAGCCGCCCUCUCUCUAUAUAUACAUACAUAUAUAUAUAUCUAUACAAAUGGCAACAUCAGCAGCGGCGGAGGAAGUUGUCGUUUCGCAUAAACCCGAGGCGGAGGAGGAGGAGCCACCACUCUCGGCGGUGAUGGAGAAUAAGCCGGUCGUCGUCCCUCCACCUCACGACGUCGCUAAGGCUGCAAAGAAAAGCUCAAAGCAGGGGUCUCUUGAUAGAGGUGUUGCUUUUGCGAAGCUUGAGGAUGAUAAGAGGUUGUCGUUCGUGAAAGCAUGGGAAGAAAGCGAAAAAACCAAAGUCGAGAACAAAGCUCAAAAGAAGCUCUCGGAAGUUUCCGCAUGGGAAAACAGCAAGAAGGCAUCGCUCGAAAGUGAUCUAAAGAAAAUCGAGGAACAAGUGGAGAAGAAGAAAGCCGAAUAUGCAGAGAAAAUGAAAAACAAGAUAGCACUAAUUCACAAACAGGCAGAAGAGAAGAGAGCAAUGGUUGAAGCCAAACGAGGCGAAGAUCUUCUCAAAGCCGAGGAAUUAGCUGCAAAGUACCGCGUUACUGGCCAGGUUCCUAAGAAGGCUUUCGGUUGCCUCGGUUAAAAAAAAAACGUGUAUAUUUUUUCGUCGUAAAUUUUCGCGUUUGUUUUGUUAUUCUGCGUCCCUCUGUGUGAUUGUGAUUGAGUUUUCGUCUGUGUAGUAGUAUGUACACUUAUGUUUUGUAUAAUGUAACGUAAAACCUUGGCCAUGCUUUCGUCAUUUCGGACGAGCAACGAAAAGAUCUGCUAUUACAUUACAUUACAUGAGAA